AUGGAGGAACUGUCGGCUUCGGAGGAGGGCUCUCCUAGAGCAAUCAGGUCAAAUUCACCGAGCGACAGAAGCAGGCUGAAGUUAACCCCAACCUCUCCGAGCAAUUCGGACAAGGUCGACUCCUCGCCCGAGUCUCCUCCCGACCUGGACAGUGCGGCCGAUGCGACGGCUACAUCCUCGAAGGCAAAGAACUCGAGUUCUACGUCCGAAAGCUCGAGGCCAAGAAGGCGAACCAAGGUCCACACCUUUGAGCUCGACGAGGAGGAUUCGGCGGUGGAGGAGGGGCAGCCACUGGGGCAGGUGGAAGAGGGUACAUCCGGACUGGAAGGGAUAGAGGCUGCCAUACGAUCACUGAGUGCAGUCUACGGAAAGAAAAAGGAAACCUUGGAAGAAAAGAACUCCGAAACAGAAUACGAUGAAGAUGUGAUAAAAUGCACGGUACGCAACCUCUUCCACCUGCCCCAGGUUUCCUCCAUCGAUAAAUACAACAAAUUUAUCGUCCGAGUAAAUGAUCUUGGGGGUCAUCUAGAUGAGGACAGAGGAAAGAACAAGCUCUACCUCCUAAUUUCCGCCGCUAAGCAUCUGGCUACGGAUAAGCUAGAACAGUGGCACCUCCGACCGGGACUCCUCCCAACCUUUGGUGAACUCUCUCCUAACCCCAGCCAAGCCCUCAGCCCGCUGGACAGGUUUCUACAGACACCGAGGCCCUUGGAUUUCGAGACCAACGAGAUAACACCGGUUCAAGAACUAAUGGAGGAACACAUCAGUAAGGUGUAUCGUAAGAAAGAGCAGGCGAGGGACAUUAACAUCGAGAUUAUAGAGAACGGAAGAAUCAGCACAGUAGACUGGUAUUACAGUCGUACCUGGCCCGCGUUCUUGAUUAAAUGCAAUGGUCGGGGAGCCUCGCGACGCUUAAUGUGCAUAGAAAUGUUCCCCCGGAAGGCACUCAAUUAUAAAAAGGAUCAACGGCUACGCUCCACCUAUUUUUAUAUCUCAACAAUAAAGGACUGCAUGCAACUGUGCCGCGGACACAAGGAAAUCGAAGAUAUAAUGCGAGAAGCCUACAUGGCACCAGACACAAUGGAUGAACAUGCAGCGCGUCUCACUUUGUUGACGAAUCCAGAGGAUGCCAACAAGUUCCUCGAUCUUGACUCACAACUAGCACGACAACACUUCGCUGUGGCGAUCCGACACUAUUUUAGAUCGGAGAAACAUGUGGAAUUUAACAACACGAACUGGAACUUAUUUUCUGCCGAGAUCGACCCAGACAUCGAACACUAUCAAAUGACAGACGCUAUGUUCAAAAGGAGACUCGACGCAGCAAUCAAGCAGUUCUCGCAGCGGUCGCAAAUGAAUCUGUUUGCCGGCUCCACGUAUUCCUACCAGAAGAAAAGAAGAAGAAGCGAGAGUCCGAGUGCGCCCGAGCCCAAGCGGAAGGAGACUACCACUACCAACCUCGACACUGCCGACGUCAACACCCCCUCUACCAGCGCCGAUGUCCCAUCAAGCAGCGGCGAUGCCCAGAUCCGCGAUGCUCAAGGCGAUCAAGAUGACGAGGAUAAACGCAGCAGCACGGCAUCCUUGGCUAUCAACGUAUCCGACAUGGAAGAAGAAUGA